UUGUGGAUCGCUGGAAAACUCCCGCAAGAUGGCCCAGCUCUAUUGAUACGGUUCCCGCGCACGGCUACCUGCCACGGAGCCUCAAAGCUGCAGGCCCAGGCCCCGAGCUGCCCUGCCUCUUUCGCACAUGGCGGUGGCCGCGCUGUACACGCAGUACAACAGGGUUUGGAUUCCUGACCCUGAAGAAGUUUGGAAAUCUGCAGAAAUAGCAAAGGACUACAGAGCUGGGGACAGAGUCCUGCAACUCCUGCUGGAGGAUGGAACGCAGCUGGAUUAUCCCAUCGAUCCCGAAUCUCUGCCCCCACUCCGCAACCCCGACAUCCUCGUGGGCGAGAACGACCUCACGGCCCUCAGCUACCUGCACGAGCCCGCCGUGCUCCACAACCUCCGAGUGCGCUUUGCAGAAUCCAAACUCAUUUACACCUACAGUGGAAUCAUUUUGGUGGCCAUGAAUCCUUACAAGCAGUUGCCAAUAUACGGAGAUGCCAUCAUCCAUGCCUACAGCGGGCAGAACAUGGGCGAUAUGGACCCGCACAUCUUUGCCGUGGCCGAAGAGGCAUACAAGCAGAUGGCCAGAAACAAUAAAAAUCAGUCAAUAAUUGUAAGCGGGGAGUCAGGUGCCGGAAAGACCGUGUCUGCUCGGUAUGCCAUGAGGUACUUCGCCACCGUCAGCAAGUCGAACAGUAACGCCCACGUGGAAGACAAGGUUCUGGCAUCUAACCCCAUAACUGAGGCUGUUGGGAAUGCCAAGACCACCCGCAAUGAUAACAGCAGUCGAUUUGGGAAAUACACAGAAAUCAGUUUUGAUGAAAGAAAUCAAAUUAUAGGCGCCAACAUGAGAACCUACCUGCUGGAGAAAUCCAGAGUUGUCUUUCAAUCAGAAAAUGAACGAAAUUAUCACAUUUUCUAUCAGCUUUGUGCAUCAGCGCAACAGUCGGAAUUUAAACAUCUUAAACUGGGGAGUGCGGAAGAAUUUAAUUACACAAGAAUGGGAGGCAGCACUGUCAUUGAGGGCGUGAAUGACAGGGCGGACAUGGCAGAGACCCAGAAGACCUUCACACUGUUGGGUUUCAAGGAGGAUUUUCAGAUGGAUGUUUUUAAGACCCUGGCAGCCAUCCUACAUCUGGGCAAUGUCCAAAUCAAAGCAGUGGGCAAUGAGCGAUCUACAGUUAGUGGGGAUGACAGUCACCUGGAGGUGUUCUGUGAGCUCCUGGGCCUGGACAGUGGCAAAGUGGCUCAGUGGCUGUGCAAUCGCAAAAUCGUCACGACCUCCGAGACGGUGGUGAAGCCCAUGACCAGGCCCCAGGCCGUCAACGCCAGGGACGCGCUGGCCAAGAAGAUCUACGCUCACCUGUUUGACUUCCUUGUGGAGAGAAUUAACCAAGCAUUGCAGUUUUCAGGCAAGCAGCACACUUUUAUUGGUGUUUUGGACAUUUAUGGUUUUGAAACCUUUGACGUGAACAGCUUCGAACAGUUUUGCAUCAAUUAUGCUAACGAAAAGCUGCAACAGCAGUUUAAUCUGCAUGUCUUUAAACUUGAACAAGAAGAAUACAUGAAGGAGGAUAUUCCUUGGACUCUGAUAGAUUUUUAUGACAACCAACCAGUUAUUGACCUGAUUGAAGCAAAAAUGGGCAUUUUGGAGUUACUGGAUGAAGAAUGCUUGUUACCACAUGGAAGUGAUGAAAACUGGCUUCAAAAGCUGUAUAAUAACUUCAUCAACAAGAACUCUUUGUUUGAAAAGCCCCGAAUGUCAAAUACAUCCUUCAUCAUCCAGCACUUUGCCGACAAGGUUGAGUAUAAAUGCGAAGGUUUCCUUGAAAAGAACAGAGACACUGUCUAUGACAUGCUGGUUGAAAUCCUGAGAGCAAGCAAGUUUCACCUCUGUGCCAAGUUUUUCCAAGAAAAUCCGGUUCCUCCUUCCCCUUUCAGCUCUGCAAUCACGAUGAAAUCUGCAAAGCCAGUCAUCAAGCCAAACAACAAGCAGUUACGGACCACAGUGGGGAGCAAGUUCCGCAGCUCUCUGUCCUUGCUCAUGGAGACCCUCAACGCAACCACGCCCCACUACGUUCGCUGCAUCAAGCCAAAUGAUGAGAAAUUACCCUUUGAGUUUGACUCCAAAAGGAUUGUUCAGCAGCUGCGAGCCUGUGGUGUUUUGGAAACAAUUCGCAUCAGUGCACAGAGCUACCCGUCCAGGUGGACCUAUAUCGAGUUCUACAGCCGCUACGGUAUCCUCAUGACCAAGCAGGAGCUUUCGUUCGGCGAUAAAAAGGAGGUCUGCAAAGCGGUCUUACACAGGCUCAUCCAGGAUUUUAAUCAGUACCAGUUCGGUAAAACCAAAAUUUUCUUCAGAGCAGGGCAAGUGGCUUAUUUGGAGAAACUCCGUUUAGAUAAACUGAGGCAGGGUUGUGUUCUGAUACAAAAACACGUCCGUGGCUGGCUCCAGAGAAAAAAGUUCCUCCGAAAGAGACAAGCUGCCCUGAUAAUCCAGCAGUACUUCCGAGGUCAGCACACCGUGAGGAAAGCUGUUACUGCAGCGGCCUUGAAGGAGGCCUGGGCAGCCAUCAUCAUUCAGAAGUACUGCCGCGGAUACCUCGUUCGCAGUUUGUACCAACUGAUCCGCGUGGCCACCAUCACCAUCCAGGCCUACACCCGAGGAUUCCUGGCAAGGAGGAGGUAUCGAAAGAUGCUGGAGGAACACAAGGCUGUGAUCCUUCAGAAAUAUGCUCGGGCGUGGCUGGCCAGACGCAGAUUCCAGAAUAUCCGACGGUUUGUGCUCAACAUUCAGCUUACUUACAGGGUCCAACGUUUGCAGAAAAAGCUAGAAGAUCAGAACAAAGAGAACCACGGGCUGGUAGAGAAGCUGACCAGCCUGGCUGCUGUUCGGGCAGGUGAUGUGGAGAAGAUUCAGAAACUGGAGUCAGAACUGGACCGAGCAGCCGCCCACAGGCAAAACUACGAAGAGAAGGGGAAGAGGUACAAGGCUGCCGUGGAAGAGAAACUGGCAAAGCUUCAGAAGCAUAAUUCGGAACUGGAAAUACAAAAAGAGCAGAUACAGCGGAAGCUUCAGGAGCAGACUGAAGAGCUAAAAGGAAAAAUGGAUGACCUCACCAAGCAGCUCUUUGAAGAUGUGCAAAAGGAAGAACGACAACGAAUACUUCUUGAAAAAAGUUUUGAAUUGAAAGCACAAGACUAUGAGAAGCAGAUCUGCUCUUUGAAAGAAGAAAUUAAAGCACUCAAGGAUGAGAAAACGCAGCUACAGCAUCAGCUGGAGGAAGAGCGCAUCGCUUCUGAUGACUUGAAGGGGGAAGUGGCCCGGCUGAGCAAACAGGCGAAGACCAUCUCUGAGUUUGAAAAAGAGAUAGAGCUACUUCAGACACAGAAGAUAGAUGUGGAAAAACAUGUGCAGUCACAAAAGCGGGAAAUGAGAGAAAAGAUGUCAGAGAUCACCAAACAACUCCUUGAAAGCUAUGAGAUUGGAGAUGUAAGAAGCAGGUUGUCUGUGGAAGAUCUGGAACAUUUAAAUGAGGAUGGAGAACUUUGGUUUGCUUAUGAAGGGCUCAAGAAAGCAACCCGUGUCUUGGAGAGCCAUUUCCAGUCCCAGAAGGAUUGCUAUGAGAAGGAGAUUGAAGCUUUGAACUUCAAAGUGGUGCAUCUAAGUCAAGAAAUAAACCACCUGCAGAAAUUAUUUAGAGAAGAGAAUGACAUCAAUGAAAGUAUUCGUCAUGAAGUCACCAGGCUGACAUCAGAAAACAUGAUGAUCCCAGACUUUAAACAGCAAAUUUCAGAACUGGAGAAACAGAAGCAAGAUCUUGAAAUCCGCCUGAAAGAACAAACGGAAAACAUGAAAGGAAAAGUAGAAGAAUUAUCUAAUCAGUUGAAUCACAGUCAAGAAGAAGACGGAAUACAACAACGGACCAAAGAAGCCCAGAAUGAAAUGCGCACCAAAGAGAAAGGGAAGCUGAUUGAUAAGAACCAAGAAAUGCAGGAAGCCAGCGAGCACUUGAGACAACUUGAAACUGAAAAUGAAGGAGGGAGUCGAUUCCGGCAGGAAGUAUCUCGUCUCAUUAUGGAGAACAGGGAUCUCGAAGAACAGUUAGACAUGAAGGACAGAGUGAUUAAAAAGCUACAGGAUCAAGUCAAGGCUCUCACUAAGACAAUUGAAAAAGCCAGUGACCCGCACCUGUCCUCAGGACCCAAGGAGUACCUCGGGAUGCUGGAGUACAAGAGAGAAGACGAGGCCAAGCUCAUUCAGAACCUCAUUCUUGACCUGAAGCCCCGCGGCGUGGUGGUGAACAUGAUCCCCGGGCUGCCGGCUCACAUCCUGUUCAUGUGUGUACGCUACGCAGACUCCCUCAAUGACGCCAACAUGCUCAAGUCCCUCAUGAACAGCAUCAUUAAUGGCAUCAAGCAGGUGGUUAAGGAACAUUUAGAAGACUUUGAGAUGCUGUCCUUUUGGCUUUCCAAUACUUGUCAUUUCCUCAAUUGCCUGAAGCAGUACAGUGGAGAAGAGGAAUUCAUGAAACAUAACAGUCCACAUCAGAAUAAGAACUGCUUGAACAACUUUGACCUAUCAGAAUACAGACAGAUUCUCAGUGAUGUGGCUAUACGAAUAUACCAUCAGUUCAUUAUCGUAAUGGAAAAUAACAUUCAGCCAAUAAUAGUGCCAGGCAUGCUGGAGUACGAGAGCCUGCAGGGCAUUUCUGGGCUGAAGCCCACAGGCUUCCGGAAGCGGUCGUCCAGUAUAGACGACACAGACGCCUACACGAUGGCCUCCGUCCUGCAGCAGCUGAGCUACUUCUACAGCACCAUGUGCCAGAAUGGCCUGGACCCCGAGCUCGUGAGGCAGGCUGUGAAGCAGCUCUUCUUCCUGAUCGGGGCGGUCACCCUGAACAGCCUCCUCCUGCGCAAAGACAUGUGCUCCUGCAGAAAAGGGAUGCAGAUCAGGUGCAACAUCAGUUACUUAGAAGAAUGGCUUAAAGAUAAGAAUUUGCAGAACAGCUUGGCCAAAGAAACUUUGGAACCUCUCUCUCAGGCAGCCUGGUUGCUUCAGGUCAAGAAGACCACAGACAGCGACGCCAAGGAGAUCUACGAACGCUGUACCUCACUGUCGGCUGUGCAGAUCAUAAAGAUCCUUAAUUCCUACACACCUAUAGAUGACUUCGAGAAAAGAGUGACUCCAUCCUUCGUUCGCAAAGUGCAGGCUCUCCUAAACAGCCGAGAGGACUCCUCCCAGCUGAUGUUGGAUACCGGAUAUCUCUUUCAAGUCAUGUUUCCUUUCACCCCUUCUCCCCAUGCUCUGGAAAUGAUCCAGAUCCCCAGCAGUUUCAAGCUAGGCUUUCUCAACAGGUUAUAGCAGGAAAAAGAGAGAGAUGCACUUUUCCCUCAAAAGCUAAAUGAAGGUCAAAUAUGAGGGAUGUGGUUUAUUAAUUGGAACUGGAUAACGCUCUCCUAUGAUUUAAGGAAGAAACUAAGAGUUCUCCCCAAUGGGCCACAUCUUCUCUCGCUCCCAGUGGUGCCAUUCCCACCGACAUUCUGUGAAAAUUAACGUGCCCCGGCUGCCGCCUUGUCCAGCCUGGGAAUCUCAGCUGGCUUUUACUAGAACUCUGGAAGGCUCCUAUUUUCUUCCACGUGUCUCUUGGCCUAGAUCUAUUUUGUGACAGGGCUCCACCCAGAGGGGCAUAAGAUUGGGGGACACAGUGUCUCCCAAACUUUCUAAGGUUCAUGUGAAGCCUGGGUGUGUUUACGAAGCCGCAGUGGAAUCCAGGACUGAGCCUUCCAGAUAGUGACCCCACUUGGCCCCAGAGCUGCUGGAAGUCCUCACCCUGCCUUUGGUGGGGAGGGGCCAGGGAGGGUGUGGUUCACUGAUGCUUUUUACUAAAAAUGCUCCUGCAUAAAGAAGUAUUUAUUAUUUCGGACCCCCUAAUUUUUAAGAGAAUAUUCAAUCUGAAAUGAAUCAUAUGAAGUAUUUUAUGUAUUUAUCUAUUUAAACCAACAUGUUAUCAUUAAAGCUUAAUUGACACAUGACUUAUCAUCUCCUCCAAAGCACAUUUCUUUAAACUUCGUCUGCCAACAUAUUUGCCAUCAUUUUUCAUUGUUUAAUGUCUUUCACAAAAUAACUUUUAAAAACUAAGAUUUAAAAGACAAUCUAAAAUUUAGAUUUAAUUUCGAAAACCAUUUAAUGAUUUUCUCUAUCUUAUCAGCAUUCAAAUAUGUUUUAAAAUUUCCUCAUAAAAAUAAAUGAAGAA